AUGUUACAGUUGCCAGUUCUACUUCCUCUUCUCGCCCUCGCCGUGCGUGGUGCGCCCACCGGCAAUACUGAUGGUGGCGGCGCUUGCAGUGUCGUGUUGGUGCCGGUACUGGUACCGGUGGACACCACAGUGGCAGCUCCUAACCCUACUAAUUCAGUGGAAUCUCCCAUUACCGGCGGGCGUGCGGGCGCAGUCAACUCUGUCGGCAGGGAGAACAAGAUGGUGAUGUUUGCACAGGGCGCGAGCUCCACCAAGCCAGACACGGCUGCAGCUGCCCAAUCUGCCUCGACGACAAUGGACAGACCAUCAAAAGUAACUUCGGCCGCAGUUAGGACAGCAUCGUCCAACAAAUUGAGCCCCACAGGGACUAGUACUACAACGUUGACAACUACUGUGACGGUGUCGGGCAAAGAGUCGUCUUAUACGCCUGGCACUGACCAAGACGAUGGUGUCGAGGUCCAAGGCCGAAAAAAUGUUGUCUACUUCACGAAUUGGAGUGAACAUGGUGGCAACUAUACACCAGCAGAAAUUCCCGCCCAGGAUGUCACCCAUCUACUAUAUGCUUUCGGAGACAUCUCGAGCACAGGAGAAGUCAUCUCUUCGGACUCACAAGCUGAUAUCCACAGACAAUACGGCGGCACUCAAAGGCGCAGCAGCCAAGCCCAAGGCAACAUUGGGCAAAUCUACAACAUCAAGCAACAAAAUCGUAAUAUGAAGGCUCUUUUAUCUAUUGGUGGAGCCAGCUACUCUGCUUCUGGCAAGUUUGCACCUGCAACUAGCACCGUGGAUGGCCGCCAGCGCUUUGCCCGCUCCGCGGUCAAGCUCAUUACCAACUGGGGAUUCGACGGCAUCGACAUCGACUGGGAGUAUCCCGAAACAGAAUCAGAAGCGGCCGACUUUGUCUCCCUCCUGCAGGAAACUCGAUACGAGCUGAACAAGUAUGCCAAAGACAACAACCAAACCUACCACUACCUCCUCACCGUCGCCGCUUCUGCCGGCCCCAGCCAUUACAGGCUGCUCAACCUCGGCGCCAUGGAUCGCUACGUUGACUCUUGGCAUCUGAUGGCGUACGACUAUGCCGGAGCCUGGGACAGUACUACUGGGCAUCAAGCCAAUGUUUACCCGGACCUCAGCAACGCGGCGAGCACAAAGUUCAAUACCGAACAGGCCGUGGAUGACUACAUCGCCGCCGGCAUCGAGCCGGACAAGAUUAUCCUCGGGUUCCCGCUUUAUGGCCGCUCUUUCGCGCAGACAAGUGGUCUGGGCAAACCAUUCAGUGGCGUGGGUCUGGGCAGCAUAGAGCCCGGUGUGUGGCUAUACAAAGACUUGCCCCGUCCCGGCGCAGCCGUAACAGUCGACCACACAGUCCUUGCUGCUUACAGCUACGACCCGGCAGCCAGGAGCCUCAUCUCCUACGAUAAUGAGGAGAGCGCCAGACUCAAAGCCAAUUAUUUGCUGAAGAAAGGCCUAGGCGGCGCUGUUUUCUGGGAGGCGUCGGGCGACAAGCCCGGCGAGGACAGUCUGGUGGCGUCGCUGGCCCGCAGCAUGUGGCCUUUACAAAGUUCCCAAAAUAUGCUGGAAUACCCAGAUAGCGAGUUCGAAAACAUUCGAAUGGGGUUUUAA